AUGGAGGUGAAAUGGCGAUUCCAGCCGAGCUGCUCGCUUGCCGCUGCAGGUGACCUCAAUGUUCGUGCGGUGGUCAAGAGACUGAUAGAAAAUGUUGACAAGAACAGUGGGAAGCCGAUGAUUAAUUUAGGCCACGGAGAUCCAUCGGGCUUUUCAUGCUUCAGGACUGCAGAGACAGCUGAGGGCGCUCUUGUUUCGGCCGUUCGCUCGGCCAAGUACAAUGGUUAUCCUGUCAGGGGUGGCACGCCCUCUGCAAGAAGUGCAAUUGCUGAGUACCUGAGCAAGGAUCUUCCGUACAAGCUAUCUCCUGAUGAUGUGUAUGUGACUAGUGGUUGCAACCAAGCAAUUGAGAUCCUUCUAUCAGUUCUUGCCCUUCCUGGUGCAAAUAUUUUGUUGCCCAGGGCAUGCUUUCCAUUCUAUGAAACGCGGGCUGCUUUUAGCAAACUAGAGGUCCGACACUUCAACCUCGUCGCAGAGAGAGGUUGGGAGGUUGAUCUCGAUAAUGUAGAGGCUCUUGCAGAUGAAAACACUGUUGCAAUGGUCGUAAUCAACCCUGGAAACCCUUGUGGGAAUGUGUCAACUUAUCAACAUUUGAACAAGAUUGCCGAGACUGCAAAGAAGCUUGGCAUAAUAGUAAUAGCAGAUGAAGUGUAUGAUCACUUAACAUUUGGGAGCAAUCCAUUUGUGCCAAUGGGAGAAUUUGGGAAGAUUGUCCCCGUAAUUACUCUGGGUUCUAUAUCAAAGAGAUGGGUCGUUCCUGGCUGGCGACUUGGUUGGAUAGUGAAGAGUGACCCCAGCGGCUUUCUUAAAGAAACUAUGGUGAUUAACACUCUUCAUGCUUUACCUUCAGAUAUUUGCUUCUUUUGGAUCUACUAUAUAGUUUUUUUAAAAAGUUUAUAA